UAAUACGACAAUCGGAUUAGAGCCUGAUUGGGCUCGAAAGACAAUGUCCAGGCUGAUAGAAGUUGGUCACUUCCAGCUGAUGUGGCAGAACAGGUAGUGCGACAAUCGGAUCAGAGAACUUAAAGGGCCCACCCUGGAAUUGAAGAAAUCCUGAAGAUUCAAGAACAAUGCCCUCGGCGGUAGAAAUUUCGAAGAACCUCCCAAUCAUGUUCGUCCGAUAGAUCAAUGAUCAAUGAUCUGAUGAUAAUAAGUUACACGGUGGCAAGCACGUGACCCUUUAUGGUUUGGUUUAAUAGGCGCGUUGUGAGUCGCCACCUAACGUCACAGUCUAAACCAAAGUCUCCCAACUUGUCUCAUAUUUCUUUUCUGACAAGCCGAUGGUGUUCAAAAUAGCCGGCUGGGUGUUCAGCUUCGAGCAAGCGCGUGCAUGGUUAAAGAAGCAAGACCACCCAUACCAGCAUUCGCCAGACGAGUUCCUUGCUACCGAGCUCAAUUUCUGGUUCAGAGAGAGAAAAAUAGAUUAUCUGUGGGCCGUCGGCACCGACUAUCCUCGAGGGAGCAUGCAGCCAGUCAUCGUAUUGGCCCGAAGGCGCAGAGAAGAUCCCAAGUCGACAGUGUCCCGUUUCUAUCGCGUCAGGGAGUUGGAUGCGGACCGUGAAGUGAAGAAGCAGGUGUUAGAAGAGAGUGGACUGAAUGAUGAAGAUUUGCCUUGGGUCACUGUUGCGGAUCCAUUUUUUGAAUACUGAUCGUUUGGAACCUUGCCAGAGAGACGACAAGGAACACUAUGCGAAUCAAACAGGAGUAACUGGACGAAACUGUGGAUUUCUUGAGAGUUAUAUGAAUGAGUACGUGAAGGUUGGUAGGAGACCCGAGUCUAGCG